AUGGAUCCUGCGCCAAAAUCACGUGAUAACUCCUCAACUAAGUUGACUGAAUCUCCUAAAGUAAAUUCUAAUCAAACCUCUUCAAAACUGACCAACGUUAAACCUAAACCUCUCUUCGUUAAUACUCUUCAACGUAACACUGGCAAUUUUGUCAAACCUAAAAUUGUCGAAGAAGAGAAAGAGCGUGCUGUCGGUUUUCUGGUUCCUGACGAUGAAUCUAAUACUAACGAAGUUACCGAAGAACUUAAUGACGAAAAUCCAGAUUCUUCUUAUAUGGUAGCAACACCACCAAUUCAAGAUGAAUUCUUCAUUGGUUCACCUACUACAUCAAUUGAUAUCUCGGUUCGUGAUUUGAAUUCGGAUAUUUUAGUUGCUCUCGUGGACCGUGCUACGGAAAUGAAGGAUUUAUUUAACCGUAAUAAAGAAUACUUUGAUUUGGUUCAACAAAGUAUUUUUUCGCCGGAUGAAAAUGAGUGGAACCAAUUUCUUAAUAUUUUGUAUUCUCCACGUGAUGAGCGCUCCGAUGGAGAAUGGAUGUCUGCAAUAUCAGAGUACAUGGAACCAAAUCCGACGCUUUUGGUCACAUUCAAAGAAAUCGUAGGGUACAACGAGAUCGAAAACGAUGAUGACGAUUUCUCUAGUAUAAUAAAUGAUAACAAUCUUGAUGAAAACGACAUAAAUGAAGAAAAUGAUGUUGAUGAAGGAUACAAUCCUUUUGAUUAUUAUUCUUCUACAUUCGAAGAAAACGAUAUUGGUCUUUUGGAUAUUUGUGCAAUUAGAGAUUAUCCAAAAAUUUUGGAAAACCUUGAAACCUCGUAUCCACAAUUUUUCAUUAAUGCCAAACAGGAAUUAAGUCAGGAGACUAAACGACGUGGAAGUAUACUUGGUGGAAAUCAUUUAUCACAAUCCCGUCAUUCAUCUUGCUCGUCUCCCGCCUGUAGUUUAAAUGGUGGUUUUAAUUUCGGUGGUGGGAAAAUUAUUACAACAGAUUUAACAGAAGAACCCGCAACAACCCUGAACGAUGAAUUCAAAUCAAUUUUAGUUGCAUCCCGAGAAGAAAUCUCUGACGAGGAAUGGGAAAUUGCAAUUUAUGAAUGUUUGGAUCCUUGGCCACAACUUGUUGCACAGUUUGAAGAAAUUAUUAAAUAUGAGAUUUCAAACGACUAA